AUGUUUAGAACGUGUUAUGCUUUUGAAGCAAAGUUCCAACAGUCAAUUUCAUUUUCGGCUAAUGACUAUCUCCUUGGUCUUCGCAAGGAAAAUGACCACUGGUUGUUCGUUUAUCACGUCGACGGAAGGCUGGGUGCUGUUCCCAUUAACUAUGUUGAAAAGUCAGAGGCAAAACCAGCUAAUGAGGUGUCUAAAAUCAUUGAAUCUGCAUUGGUCGCAAUAGCUGAAAAGGAUAUCUACGAUAAGUUCUCGAUAAUAAAGUCAGUCUACUCCCGAACUCAGGACUGGAAGGGCCUCCAGAAACACGUCAGAAGUCUGGAAAACAAAAUGAAGGAUCAGCAGGAAAAUAGUUGGCCUUUGGUUGAGGACGAUGCGACUGUUAUCAAUGAUUUGGAUUUGCUCACUACGCUUAUUUGUAAUGCAAGCGCGGACAUGGUGCGAACAUUCCUGUCUGAUGAUCGGCUUCCCGUGAUACUAAGUUACCUUUAUCAAAGGGAGAAAAGAGCUGUCGUUCGACGGUUCUACCUGUUGAUUUCAGUGGCUACUUGCCACAUUCAGCCCACAAUCUGGUCCGUCUAUCUGGAUUCGGGGCUCCCGAUGGAAGUUAUUCGUGAGCUCAAAUCUUCCGAGAUUUGCCAGCUGGAUUUGAUUCUGAAUUUUCGUGUGCUAACAGUGCUGUUCGCGAGAAGCGGCAGUCUUCCGGUAAAUCUUUACAGUAAGUUCAAGCAAGAGCAAGUGACCCAUGAGGACAUGGGGAGAGGAGAGAGGCUUUGUGCCACCGGUGCUCACUUGGAUACCUUUUUUGUAGAUGAACUGGAUGAGUCGUUCUUCGGUCACAUUUUUGCAAUGAUUUCGAGGCCUAAGGUUCUCGGCCCACCUCCCUCAGGCGAUUUCACUUCCGUCAAGGCGAAAACAUCCCUCGUUGAUACACUGGCGGAGCUCCACUUAACCGACGGCGACGCGCCACCACCAACUCGGAGCGACAUUAGCGGUAACACGACGCCCUCGGAACUCCUUCUUGAUUCCUUUGUUCGGUUGGUGUGCGCCGCGAAUCGGCACUUUUGCGCUUCGCCUUCCGCUCCUAUGACGCCGAUCCUGAAGACCAUGCUCAACAAUCAUAACGCUACAGGCUCUCUAAUCGAACGUCUUCUCCACCUUUUCAAUCGUGGUGGUGAGUCGUUUGCUAUGAAGGGGAAAGCGUUUCCGAAACCCUCGGCAUGUUUUGGCUAUUUCGUCAUCUCUAACUGGAAUAAUCCAUCCUGCUUGAUUUUUCUAUCUAACCGUUUAGUCGACCCGCUCGAUGUGGACGGGGUGGCGUUUGUGCGGCAAUUUCGUCGCGCCCUACACACAGGCCUCGAUGACGCCUCUCAGCUAUACGAUGCCACUGCGCCCUAUCAAGACACCUCUGCCAGUCCAGAUCCAUACCGUUCUGCCAAAUCCUACGACUCGCUGUCACUUCAUAAUGGUGCUAGCGAAGUCGGGACCAGCUGUAGUGAUGAGUACAGCAGCGAUGUGGAUGAGGAGCCGAGGUCUGUUUGCUCCAAGCGGGGUGCGUCACCUCAAGCGAACCUCACCGAAGCCACACUCCAUCUCGACCCCGAUACUCCACGCAACGCGGCUCGCAAACUGAUUGCUGACAUUUUUUCCGACUCCAAAACGGCAAAACUCGUCUACUGCAACGACGUCGAGGUUGUGGUUGAUGUCAUCAUCAGACACUUAUGCGACCUGCCCGCCAGCUCACCAGUAUGUCAUCCCUACUACCUCUGUUGUGAAUGUUCGUCGCCAGACUUGCCCGAGUUCAUUUACUGCUUGGACAAGGUGAUUCGCAAUUCGGACUACAUGUCGCGUGUCAGUGGUCCCUACCGAUUGCAGGACCUUACUGAAGCUCUUCUUGGUGUUGAGGGCAGUGCUGGUGGCUGUGACGCGUCGAAAUUCCGCGACUUUACAACCCCACGGUCCUUGCGCCUGGCCAACGGCGUCCUCAGUUUGCUUCGAAGCACCAACGGAAGCCACAUUCACUGA